ACUCAGCUAUCGGAUGAAUUUAUUCUACAGAGCUCGCUAAAGAGUGAACCUAUCGUUGAUGUCACGAAAGGAAAGAAGGUGGUUGUGCUACCGGACCUUCAACAGGGUAGUUAUACCUCUGGUAGCGUUACUUAUGAUGCUACAGCUACUGCUGGAUCUCAGGGCUACGCAUCUCUUAAGGAUGCCUAUAUCAUGGUUCCUUAUGUUAUAACUGGUAAGACCACUGGAACCACUGCUAUUACAUCGGGUCUAAGUCGAUUUGCUCGUUCUCUCAAUUGUAAUGUAACUAAUGUUGUUGAUUCGCCAAGCCUAGAAAUGAAUGGACAGACUGUUCUAUCU